AUGACAUCCCUAUUCCUACCCGACAAAAUCAAAGCAGAAUUUCUACUUGACAUUUUUGGUGACCGGAGCACGAAAGGUUUGAUCGACAGUGACGACAACGAAGAUUUUGACGCCAGACUCCUGUCUCUUGAAAAAUCCUGGGAUGAGAGAGAGAUUGCCACCGGAAAGGAGAAGCCACUCUUCUCUAGUUAUUUUGUAGCUAACAUCGCUGAGGAUAUGAAAGAGAAGAUGUUUCUUCCAGUGAGAAGAUCGACAGGCCUUGGCGAUAACUGCUACUUUAACAACUGUCCCGAGAGCAUGAACAGUUGUUUGAAGAAGGAAAUCAACCAUCAGAAGAAGUCUUCUAAUCUCGGAGAAUCAUCAAAAUGCUCUUACAGUGAAUUUGCUGAUAUUUCUCAGAAGUUUGUAGAGAAGUACCAACGAAAUAUCCAUAGAGCUAUCUUAGGUGACUCCCCCUACAUGUUAGCACCAGAAUGCGCAGAUCUCGAGGUGUUUAAAGAGCAGUGGGAAAAGCUUUCAAAGGGUCGGAAGAUUGCAAAAAUCACGCUAUUGGAUGAAUGCGGCGCUGAAGAUAAUGAAGAAUCUCCUGCGUCUCCUUCGACCUCUGCAUCGCGUAGUUGUUCAUCAAGUCAGAUUUUGCCCGACUUCGAAUCCACUGGUCUGCCAAGUAACUUGAAGCAGUCGUGGUCAAAUGCAGAAAUGAUUUUCCAAAAGAAUGAAUUUACCAAAGUUCAAGCUUCCUCUGGUUUGUCUGCCGUUAUUUCGCUAAGAAAACCAAAUCAAGUACAUAUCAUAAAGAAAGCAAGUGGUGGCAUUUCAUGUGAUUGUGAUGGGUUUAAGAAUUACAAGAUGUGUUCUCACGAGAUCGCCGCCUCUCAACAAGACGGAACACUGCGAGAACUUAUUGCAAAAUGGCAACCAAAUCUGUCGAACAUAGUACAGUAA